AUGACCCGCGCCGCGCGCGUUGUUAUGCAAGGCUAUCUUACAGCCUCGUUUUUCAAAGAAAUCGUCAUCGACCGCACUAUUCAGGUCGUGUCCGAAUCAGAGGAGGUCUCCGUUGGCCUUGUUACAUUCACUGUCUGCUUCUCGACAGGCGUCCUUCUUCAAGCCUCUGCCAAAGCUGCUCGACAAUUCCUCAGCGAUGAUUUCCAACGCGUCCCCGCUCCCAAGGACCAUACCGCUGGGCUCAACGCACCUUUUGCUGGAAGCAACAUUUCGGACGCUAUCUCAACAACCAAGGCUUUCGGAACGCCAGCUCGGCCAUCCUCGUCGCGCGCAGUGAUUGAAUCAACCGAACCCACCUUUGAGGCUCCCGCCAAAGGCUUAUCGACGGCUGAUUCUGACACGACACUCAUCGCCGACGACGAGGAGUUAGCCAAGGACGUAUUCUACUGCGACCGUGUCUCAGACGUCGAGUCUCUUGCUGACGAAGGCACUUUCUACGAGGACGACUGCCAGGCUACAGCACACUGCCUUGCAGAGGAUGAACCGGACCACACCUUGCACGUCGGAUACGAUCCACAAACUAUCGACAACCUAGUCAGAAUAUUUUCAGCUAUUUCUCUCGACGAUGUACCCGCUCAUUUAUCAACUGUUUAUCUCGACAAUGUAUCUCAUUUAUCAUCCACCUCUCUCGACGAUGUAUCUUCUCAUUCAUCCACUCUUUCCCUCGAUAAUGUAUCCUCCGAUUUAUCCAUUUCUUCUCUCGACAAUAUACCGUCUCAUUUAUCAAGCCUUUCCCCGGACGAUGUGUCCUAUCAUUUAUCCAUUCCUUCUCUCGACAAUGUACCGUCUCAGAUCUCCCCGGACAAUGUAUCCUCUCAUUUACCCACUCCUUCUCUCGACAAUGUACCUUCUCAAUUUUCUCUCGACGAUGUACCCUCCCAACCAUCAACUAUUGGACAACAUCACACUCUACAAGACCACGCUAUCGACAUCCUACCUGAUUCAUCUCAGCCUCCGAAGCUUCGGCCAACCAUACCUGUAAUUCUUCCUCUCGACGGUUCCCCUCAGUCAUCGAUAUGUCAGCCCCAACGCACUCUAGUACACGACCACUCUAUCGACAAUCUAAUCAGAAAAAUAGCAGCUCUUUCCCUUGAUGAGGUCCCUUCUCAAUUAUCAAAACUUCACCCGCAUCACGCUCUACACGACCACGCUAUCGACGCUCUACCCAACAACACAAAAGCUCUUGCCCUCGACGACAACCACGCUAUCGACGCUCUACUGCCAACAUCAGAAGCUCUUACUCUCGACGACCACCACGCUUUCGACGCUCUACUGCAAAAAUUAGAAGCUCUUACCCUCGACGACAACCACACUAUCGACACGCUCCCCGAUAACACAGAAGCUCUGACUCUCGACGACAACCAUGAUAUCAAUGCUCUACUGCAAACCCCAGAUGUUCUAACUAUCCUUCACGACGACACUAUCCACGAUCUACUCCAAGAGAUGGCAGCGCUUACUCUCGAUGAUACCCCCCUUUAUAGUCUCGGUCCCCUACACUUACGCCGCGAUGCAUCUUACACGACGACACUACCAACACUCAUGAUGGCUGUUCUUAGCCCUCAGAAUUUCAACUACGAUACACCCUACACGACGAUGCUAUCAACGUCAUUCUUCGACAUGUGGAACCUCUUAUUCUCCACAAUAGUCCCUCGCAGUCGUCAAAACUUCGACUACUAGCACAUUAUCGACAUCCUACUAGCCGCUAAGCUUCACGCGACGUCUACGAAUGUUAGAGUCCCACAUGCUUCAAACAUUGUCGCAUCACACACGUCUUCGGUGUCAGAGGUCCCCUACGACCAAUCCGAUGCCACCUACUGAUGGCCUCCCUCACUGUCCCCUACGACAUGGAGUCAUUAUCCAUGAGGUCGAAGGCCCCCCCGCACAUACUACGCACCCAACCCAUCGCAAGUCUUCGACGAGUCAAAGGUCCCCUACGACCAAAUCUCGACGACGCGCCAAA